CACCCGGACAAUAAUAAGAGGAGAACAACGAUGGCGACGUCCCUGCUCAGGUUAGGUCGACUUGGAUCUAUCAAGGGUGUCCUGCGUGAGGGCUGGGGGACACCUCGGACCUCAUUUAUUGCAGCUCUCUGCACUAAAACAGACGUCCCACCCAAAACAGCAAAGAAGGCAAAGGCUUCAACCGAUGAGAGGGCCUCUCUUCUAGCCUACAAGCCCACAGUUGCCUUCCCUUCUAAGCUCUCUGCCACAGGAUUUCUUUCCAAAGAUGUUGCUUUAGGUGAGUCUGAAAUCACUGAGGCUGUUUCCACAGCCGCUGCAAGUGAGACCACAGCUGGCUGUCUAGACGCUGAUAGAGCAGCUGAAGAGGCAAAGAUCACUGAAGUCCCACCUACUAAUGAAGUCUCCACAAAAAGCAAAGGAAGUAAGGCCUCAGAUGUUGAGGCAAAAGUACAAAAAGAUCAAGACGAUAGCUCUUCUUCAUCCUCAUCCUCCAGUGAUUCUGAUUCAGACUCUGAUUCUGAUGAUGAGAAACCAAAGACUGAAAUGCCAGAAACCGGAAAGAAAGCUGCAGAGGAGAAGAAAGCUCCUGGUCUGAAGACUGAACAUGUUGAAAAGAAAGCUCCUGGUCUGACGACUGAACAUGUUGAAAAGAAAGCUCCUGGUCUGACGACUGAACAUGUUGAAAAGAAGGCUCCUGGUCUGACGACUGAACAUGUUGAAAAGAAGGCUCCUGGUCUGACGACUGAACAUGUUGAAAAGAAGGCUCCUGGUCUGACGACUGAACAUGUUGAAAAGAAAGCAUUGCCUGAAUCUGCCUCAUUUGGAGAAGCUCAAGAAAAGGCAAAAACUGUGACUAAAGCAAAACCAGAAGAGGUCCCUGCACCAAGUGUCAAACCAGAUGUAUCAGAUGAGACCCUCAUUGAUCCUGCCCCUAUGGUAUCAUCCUCAACAACUGAAUUGAUUCCAGAAAUGCCCAGUGAAUACAUUAAAGCCGACACUACUGAUACGAUAGUGGACAACGCAAAAGAUGUUAAAACAGCUGCUGUGGAGGAGAUUGUUGUUGAAAAGGAACCAGAAGUCAAAGCUGAAGAUGCUGUCAAAGUUGCUGCAGAAGUUGUCCCAGAAGUCCCUACAGAAGCCAGUCUUCCAGAAGUAGUAAAAACUGCUGUUGAAGCUAGUCAUGGAGGAGUUUCUGAGGCUUCUGGAGAUGUUGCAGCUAAGCCUGAAGAUGCAUCGUCCAAAGCUGAGGCAGGAACACCAGCACCCCCUUCAGAAGAGCUGCUCGACCCUGCACCUGUGGCCGCUGAUGCUGUGGAGGCUCGGGCUGAGACCACCGUUGUGGAGACACCUGAGGAAAAAGCCCCAGAGAAAGCCCCGGAGCCGGAGCCGGAGCCCUUUGACAACAGCACGUACAAGAACCUGCAGCACCACCAGUACAACAUAUACACUUUCUCUGAUAUGGAUGUAGAGCUGUCUAAAUACCGUCUGCCCCAGCCUUCUGCAGGCAGACGCUGAGCCGAUGGUACUGCUACCUUUGUCCACAACCCUGCUUCUUCCACAUGUUCAUUGUUCUUCAGAUGAUUUACUGGCAAAUCUCAAGCUUUAUGCUAGAAUUCUAUAAUUAUGGAAUUAAAAUGAUUUAACUUCAUCAAUUUGGCCAAUGUUUGAAAUGCUGUAUUUCCUGAAUUAAUUAAAAGGUGAGACUAAUGUUUUAUGACUAAUUUCUGCCUCAUGUUAAUUAUUGGUUUCUGCCGCAUAAUUAAAACAUUUUUAAAAAGUGAUUGUGACUUUCAAUCUCAAAA